AUGACUCAAACUGGAGAGAUUUCAAAGUUUAGCGAUCGCCCUGUUGGAAUAAUGCCGCACAGUCUGAAUAUCGCUAUUGUCGGGGCAGGACCGGUAGGUUGUCUGCUGGCUCGUCUGCUUCUUAACUGUCCAAGAGUGCGGGUGGUUAUAUAUGAGGCUGAUGCAUCGCCUGAUAGUCGAGGACAAGGGGGAACACUGGAUCUGCACGAGGGAACAGGCAUUGCAGCAUUGAAGAAAGCUGGUCUCUAUGAUGAAUUCCUUCACCACGCCCGCUUCGACGGAGAAGCGAUGCUUCUGUGUGACAAAAACCUCACCGGAUACCUGAAAUUUGCAAAAGGAGUGUCUGACAAUAGUCGUGGUAGUCCAGAGAUCGACCGGAUGGUCCUUAGGCAACUAUUGCUUGAUAGUCUGCCACAGGACACUAUUCGCUGGGGCCACAAACUUCUCAGUGUAUCAGACGGGAAUGUGCUACAUUUCCCCCAAGGAAUCGAGCAGGGUUUCGAUCUGGUUGUGGGAGCUGAUGGCGCCUGGAGCCGGAUCCGCCGCUUUUUAACUCCUGUGCGUCCGUCAUUCUGCGGUGUCGAAGGUUAUGCUUUUACAAUCCCUGAUGCUGCUCAGACCGCACCGAAGGUUUCUGAACUUGUUAACCGAGGAUCCCUCUACGCGUACUCCGACGGAAAGGCACUCAUGGGGCAGCAACUCGGGGAUGGUAGCAUCCAGGUAUCCGUCUAUACCACAGAAAGCCAAGACGAUGAUGCGGUUUUCUCGGCGGAUGAUGAAUGUCGGCGCCAUCAGAUUGCUAGGCAAUUUCGUGACUGGGCACCGGAGCUUCUCGAACUCUUGGCACCCACUAGUGAAUACGAAAUGACUCGGCGUAUUUAUACGCUUCCAGUUGGGUUUCAGUGGCCUGCCCAUCCGGCUAUAACCCUCGUGGGAGAUGCAGCUCACCUCAUGCCACCAUUCGCUGGAGAAGGCGUGAACCUUGGAUUUGAGGACGCGAUGAAGCUCUCGGAUGCGAUUCGGGGGUUCAUCGAUGGCAGAUAUAGUACGCUCAACGAGACGUUGCGGAUGUAUGAGAAAGACGCCUUUCAACGGGCUCGUAGAGGUCAGGAGCUGAGUGUUGGCGUGAUGCAGGACAUGUUCUUUACCCCUGGAGCACCGCGAGCGUCGAUCGAACGGUGGAUGAUCCGGCAUGUUCGCUAUCGCAUCCAUCCGUGGGCCUUCCGUAUACUAUACCCCGUGAUUGCUGUGAAUCUUUAUAUCUUCUAUUUUUUGUACAAAUUAUUCCGCUAG